CUAGCCACAAUCUUCGCUUUGGUUUGUGUGUUGCUGACGAGAGGAGUGAAACCAGCCAGCUGUGAGCCGCAGAGCCUGAGCAGCCAGGGGGGAGAGCACAGUGAUCAGAGCCUGGUCUUCGCUGAUCUGACGCCGGAAGAAAUGGGGCAAGUGGUGAGGUACCUGCAGCGCAGCCUUGGGGUGCCAUUGGUAGACGCCUAUAAUGCAAACUCCUCCGAUAACUGCAUUUACUACAUCGAUGUGCAGCUCCCCACCAAGGCAGAGGUGCUGGGGUUCUUGGAUCGUGGGGGCAGGCAACCCCCCCGGCAGGCGCUGGCUGUGGUGUAUUUUGGAAACCAACCAGAUCCGAAUGUCACGGAGUACGUGGUGGGUCCCCUGCCCAAGCCAACAACUCACCAGGACAUCACGGUGCAGAAGUACGGAGGGAAGCUGCCGUAUCACCGCAGACCAGUGCUGGGUAAGGAGUAUGAGCAGAUUGAAAUCUUCUUACGGAAGAAGGCGUUCUCAACAGCCCCUACCUUCCUGCGUCAAGUAUUUAAUUAUGAUGGGACCAAUUUUGUAUCACUAACCUCAGCCCCCCGGGGGUUCCAGUCCGGAGACCGCAACACCUGGUGUGCUCUGUUCCACAACGUGAGCGGCUACUUCCUGCACCCGGUGGGGCUGGAGGUGCUGGUUGAUCACAGCAGCCUGGACGUCUCCCAAUGGCGGGUGAGAAAAGUGUUCUAUAGCGGCCAGUACUACGGGGACUUGGUGCAGCUGGAGAGCGAGUUCAACCAGGGCCAUGUCAAAGUGGACCCAGUGAUGAGAGCCCCACCCGACGGGGGAUUCUCUUCCAUGAAGCCCCGAGCAGCCCCCAGGGCUCCAUUCCCUCUGCAGUACGAGCCGCAUGGGCCCCGCUACAGUGUCCGAAACAACCAAGUCGUCUCCCCGGCCUGGAGCUUUGCCUUUGGGGUGAACGUGAACACGGGGAUGCGUCUCUUUGACAUUAGAUUUAAGGGGGAGAGGAUUGUCUAUGAAAUCAGUGUCCAGGAUGCAACAUCUGUCUAUGGGUCCAACUGUCCUGGAGGGAUGUCAACCAGGUACAUGGAUGGGAGCUUUGGCAUCGGGAGAUUCACGUACCCGUUAGUCCGGGGGGUUGAUUGCCCCUAUUCAGCCACCUACGUAGACACACACUACUUAGCUCAAUCCCCAAACCCUAGAAUUAAUAAAAACUCCAUCUGCAUUUUUGAGCAGAACACUGGGUCUCCUCUGAGGCGCCAUUACUCCAACUUGCAGUCCCUGUACUACGGGGGUCUGACCAACUCUGCUCUGGUCCUUCGGUCAGUUGCCACUCUGGGCAACUAUGACUAUGUCUGGGACUUCAUCUUCUACCAGAACGGAGCGAUCGAGGCCAAAGUCCAAGCCACAGGCUAUCUGAGUUCGUCCUUUCUGUAUGGUGACGGUCUGGACUAUGGCAAUAGGGUUGGGGAUCACACCCUGGGGACGGUACACACCCAUUCCAUCAAUUAUAAAGUGGACUUGGACGUUGGAG